AGAAAAAGAAAAAGAAAAAGAAAAAGGAAGGUGGGAACGGCGGGGAGGCUGUUCCUUCGCGAAGCUUCGGCCAGACCCUCUCAGAAGCCACGUGGCAUCGCCGUCGCUAAAACGCUCCCCUCGUUCGGCGAUCGACGCUGGCGCACGGUCAAAACGAAGGUUCGACGAUGCGGUGGACGGAGGAUUUGCAGAGGGCCCUAUCGGCCCGAGGCCUGACCGUCGCUUCCAUCCCCGGGAAAGGCCGCGGUCUUGUCGCCACCCGGGACUUCUACCCUGGUGAAGUAAUUAUUUGUCAGGAACCUUAUGCCUCCGCACCUAACAAAGUUUCUGCUGGCUCAAGUUGUGAUGGUUGUUUUGCCUCCAGUAACAUAAGAAAGUGCUCAGCUUGUCGGAUUGCAUGGUAUUGUGGGAACGCUUGCCAGAGAGCAGAGUGGAAGUUGCAUCAACUUGAAUGCCAAGUUCUUGCAGCACUCUCUGAAGAUAGAAAGAAAAUGCUUACUCCUGCCAUACGCCUGAUGGUGAGGCUUGUGCUUAGGAAAAAGCUGCAGAAUGAGAAGGUCAUUCCUACUUCAGAAACUGACAACUAUGACUUGGUGAAUGCCUUGGAAUCUCAUAUAUCUGGCCUUGAUGAAAAGCAACUAGUGCUGUACGCACAGAUGGCUAACCUCGUCAAGUUGGUGCUUCCAUCGCUUGAGAUUGACCUCAAGGAGAUUACACACAACUUUUCCAAGUUGGCAUGCAAUGCUCAUACAAUAUGCGAUGACGAACUUAGGCCCCUGGGAACUGGACUGUACCCUGUAAUAUCUAUCAUUAAUCACAGUUGUGUGCCGAAUUCAGUUUUGGUAUUUGAAGGUCGGGUAGCAUAUGUUCGUGCAUUGGAACCUAUAAAUAAAGAUACUGAGGUCUUAAUAAGUUACAUAGAAACUGCAGCUACCACAAAGAAAAGGCAGAAUGAUCUAAAUCAGUACUUUUUCACCUGCAGAUGUCCUCGCUGUACGAAGAAUCCAAAUGAGGAGCUUCAGGAUGAUGCUAUCCUUGAAGGCUACAGAUGUAAAGACCCGAAAUGCUAUGGUUUUUUGCUUCUUGACUCAGAAGAGAAGGUGUUAACAUGUCAACAAUGUGGUCUAGCUCGAGAUGAGGAAGAAGCAAAAAAGAUGUCUAGUGAAAUAGCACGAUUAUUAGACAAAGCUUCUACAGUUUUCUCUGCUGGAAAUUAUUCUGAAGCUUGCACUAUGUAUAAAACUGUUGAGCAGCUUCAGAUAAAGUUCUGCCAUCCAUUUUCACUUGACCUGCUACGAACUCGUGAAACUCUUUUGAAGGUUUCCAUGGAGCUAAAAGAUUGGGCAGGUGCCUUGACUUAUUGCAAAUUGACAAUUCCAGUUUAUCAGAGUAUGUACCCAAGAAUUCAUCCAAUGGUAGGACUGCAAUAUUAUACUUGUGGAAAGCUUGAGUGGUUACUUGAACGCACAGAGGAUGCUCUCAAAAUGUUUACUAUAGCAGCAGACAUACUUCGAGUUACUCACGGUACAAGGACGCCAUUUAUGAGGGAACUAUUAAGCAAGCUCGAGGAAGCACGAGCUGAGGCUUCUGUCAAGCUCUCAGGCAGUGAUAGAGAACAAGGUCAGGAGCUGUUCUAUCCAGAUUGAAGCCGCUGUGCAGGUGCGAUACCAUUAAGCCAUGAUGCCUCUGCAGUGCCGUGUUGAAAUGUUUCCGAGUAGAAAUGGUACAACUGCAAGAUAGAAGAAGAAGAAGUGGAGCAUUUCUAGCCGGCUAUGUCCCUUUUGCUAGAUAGCUAGUUAAGAUGGUUCCCCAACUCAUUAUUACUGGAAGAUUCUCCAAAUAGGAAAGCAACGCGUCGUCGUCUGCAAGUCCUUAUAGUGUCUUUUUCAUUCGCAGAAAAGAAUGCUUUCCUCUGCAUAUGUUGUAUUCCCGAAUAUGCAUUCGGACUCGUCACAAGACAUGGAACAUUUCUUCUGAGAGAAAGCAUUUCAGUUUAAUUUUAGGGAUCAGUAAAUCACACACAACGGCAGGAGGGCAAAAGAUAUGUGGAGAUUCCUUUUUAAUUUAUUUUUAUUUUUUUAUUUGAGACUAGCUAUCAUGCUAUGUCCAUCAUCAUGUUUAAUAACAGUAUCAUAUUAGUAUACUGGCAAUUAACUCGCACGAUGUACGAAGUUUAAAUAUAUAUUUUUUACUUUACUGUA